AACAAACACAUUCCCUCACAAGCAAAUGUGGCAACUACCGACGGACAAGGUUCCAUUGGUCUUGGGUUGACGUCUUGACGAGUUAGUUCCACCGCAGAACUCGGUGUAAUAAGGCGCCAGAUAUCGUUGUUGUUCGCUGCGUAGAAUCGACUUGCAAAAAUGGUUUUGGUAACGCUGUCCCUGUUGGUAAUUUUAGUGGCCACAUUUUGGCUGUAUAACAAGCACAAAUUCACCUACUGGGCCAAACGUGGGGUGAUAUCACCACCCACUACAUUUUUCUUUGGUCACAUGUUAGAAAUGAUGUCCACCAAGCGAGGCAGAUGGGUUUAUGAUAAUGAAGUCUAUCGGGAUUAUAACAAGAACGGUCUGAUUGGAACAUAUAGUUUCUACUCCCCCAUUCUUUACGUUUGUGAUCCAGAGAUGAUAAAAAAUAUCCUCAUUAAAGAUUUCGACCAUUUCACAGACCGCAGGAUAUUCCAAUCACCCUGUAAGAGAGAUCAGUGUAUGAACGACAUGUUGUCCAAUGAAAAUGGAGACAAAUGGAAGACGCUGCGAUCCAUUGUAUCUCCAACAUUCACGUCUGGGAAAAUGAAAAGCAUGUUCCAUCUUGUUUGUGACAAAGCCGAUGCCCUUGUGGCAUUCAGUCUGGCAGAGGCUUCCAAAAAAUCUUUAGUGGAUAUGAAAUUUAAUUUUGGAAGAUACACAAUGGACACCAUUGCUUCUUGCGCUUUUGGCUUGGAGUGCAAUUCGCUUGUAGAAGAGGAUCCUGAAUUUCCAAAAAAGGCAAUACCAUUUUUCGAAUUUGGACUCAAAAGAAUGUCGAUAUUUAUACUAUAUGCGAUAGCCCCAAAACUCUUCAAAAUUCUGGGAUUUCAUCUAUUUCCGAAGGAGACAGAAUUCUUCAAGAGCGUUUGUAAAGAAACUUUAGCUUCUAGAAGGAAAGGUAUGAAAAGAGGAGACUUUCUAGACCUCCUCUUAGAAGCUCAGGCUGAAGAAGACUUAACCGACCCAUCUAAAAAGCAAGUUCUUGAUGAUGACGUCAUCAUAGCACAAAGCAUACUGUUCAUCAUAGCUGGUUAUGACACCACAGCAACAACUCUGGCUUUAGCUUCCUAUCUGUUGGCGAAGAACCCAGAAGCGCAACAACGCCUUCGCCAAGAACUACAAGACAUAGUUGAACAAUAUGGUGGAAUCACUUACCAAGGAAUUAUGGAAUCAAAAUACCUUGAAGGCGUUGUAUUAGAGACUCUGCGAAUGUACCCACCCGCGCCAAUGUUAGAGAGACAAUGCACCAAGGAUUAUAUCAUUCCAGGAACUAACGUUGCAAUGAACAAAGGACAGUACAUUCAAGUGCCAGUCUGGCCAAUUCACUAUGACGAGAAAUACUGGCCAGAGCCAGAAGCCUUCAUGCCAGAACGAUUCCUCCCGGAAAACAAGAAAAACUUGACAAAUUACACGCACUUACCUUUUGGACUGGGACCAAGGAAUUGUAUUGCGAUGCGUUUUGCCCAGAUGGAAGCAAAAGUGGGCAUAGCCAAGUUGGUCCUGGCAGCAGACUUGAAAAUACCUCCUGGCAAAGAAGAACUCGUCUUGUCAACUGGAGCUGGUCUCCUGAAACCAGAGAAAGAACUGUUCCUCCUUCUUGAACCUUUAAACGAAGAGUGAAAAUCACUGAACUGGGGCAAUGGUGGGCCCAUAUACGUAUAUAUAUCUGUGCCACAUAUAUAUGUGUAUGUGCAUUUUUUGUUUAUUUAUGUAUGUAAGGUGAAAUAGUUUUACAAACUUCAAAUAUAAACACUUUUCUUUUGA